AUGAGCGCACCGGCUGCCGACCUGCCGACUGGCGGAGGAGCUAGCUCGCCCGAGUCGACGACGGCGUCCAAGGGCAAGCGCAAGGCCAACGGCGACGACGACGAGUGGGCCGGAGGAGGAGGAGCGGAGGGAGGCGACGCCGCCAGCAAGAAGCGCCGCAACCGCAAGCCCGUCACCUGUGCGCAAUGCCGUCGAAGGAAGCUCAAGUGCGACCGCGGCUACCCUUGUGGGGCAUGCCGUGACCGCCAGGAGGGGCACCUGUGCGAGUGGGAGGGCGCCAUCCGUCUGCCGCAACCGCACCUCACGCGCGACGCCGAGGCGCAGGAGCUCCGCGUCCAGCUCGACCGCCUCGAGCAGCUCAUCGGCGGCAUCACGGGCGCGGCGGGAGCGGCGGCAGGAGGGACGCCGCGCGAGGGCGGCGCGCUCAGCGGCGUCGCAGAGGAGAACGCGGCAGAAGCACUCGGACUACUCGCGGCCAACACGAGCACCGACGGCGAGCGCAAGAGCGUCGCCGUGUCGGCAGCGCACCGCGCGCACAUUCUCGCUGUCGCACCGACCGUCCAGCACCUCGUCCAGCUCCUGCCGCCAAAGCGCGAGCUCGAUGCCCUCAUCAUGCACUUCCUCUCGAGCGAGCUCAGCUUCUUCCCCAUCGUGCACGAGCCGUCGUUCCGCGCGAGGGUCCACGAGGCCCAGUACGCGACGCUCGCCGGCCAGCCGAUGCUCCUCGCCCUGUUUUUCGCCAUCGCGACCCUCGAGAUGGGGUGGCAGCUCACCGAGGUCGGCAUCGCCAAGAAGGCGAGGACCGACAAGGAGCUCGCCGCCAAGAGGUUCUUCGAGUCGUCGAUGGAGGCGCUCAGAAUGGGAGGGUACAUGGAGGCGCCCAACCUCGACGUCGUUCGCACGCUGCUCACGCUGCACCGGUACGCCGAGCAGCAGAGCGACGCGCGCACGAGCAGCUUGCUCAGCCAGGCCGUCCUCGCCGCCCAACUCGUCGGCCUCAACCGCGAGCCGAGCACGGCCGGCGUCGUCCUGUCGCACAUCGAGGUCGAGGAGCGGCGUCGCCUGUGGCGCAUCAUCAUCUGCCUCGACUGGCUCGACACGUCGGGCCGGCCGUGCCUCGUCACGCACUCGCAGUUCGACACGCGCGAGCCGACCAACGCGUUCGACGCCAACAUCACCGACGACGGCGUCCUCGCGAGCGCCCAGUUCGACUUUACGCCGAGCCUGUACACGGUCACGCUCACGCAGCUGGCCUACGUCGGUCAUUCGAUCAAGGAGUACAUUUACGCCGUCAAGGCGCCGUCGCUCCCGACAUGGAAGGUCAUCGUCGACCAGAACGCGACGCUCGCGCGCCUCAAGGCGAGCCUGCCCGUCCUCAAGCUCGACGGCGACAGCGUCGUGCCGCUCGAGGCCAAGAACUUUGCGACCGACCGCCUGCGUGUGUUCCUCCACAUGGCCGUCCUCCAGCUUGUCGUCCGCCUCAACAGGCCGUUCCUGUCGCGCGGGUUCGCCGACCAGCGCCUCGCCGAGGGUCGCCUCGCCUGCAUCAACGCCGCGCACGGCCUCAUGUCGCUGUGGCUCGGCUACCCGGACUCGCACGCCAUGUCGCGCUUCCACGUCCCGCUCUUCCACUGCCUCAACGGCCUCGUCAUUGCCGCCCUCGACCUGUUCCAGGACCCGCUCGGCGCGCACGCCGACAAGCACCGCCGCCUCGUCGCGCGCGUCUCGAUGCGCCUCGAGGCGCGCGACCACAAGAGCGACCUCGUCGUCGAGGUGCUCGGCAUCGUCGAGGCCCUGCAGCGCCACUCGCUCACGAGCGACCUCGGCGGCGAGCACCUCCCCGCCUUCGACUACGGCCCGCUCUCGCCCAGCACCGUCUUCAGCCGGUCGCUCCCGCUCGCGCUCACGGCCGACCCGUUCGUGCCCUUUGCGCGCGCCGAGCGCGAGCGCGUCGCCGCCUCGUUGGCGGCGGGCGGCGACGAGGCGGCGAGCACGGCGGCGGCGCAGGGCGAGCUCGCCGGCCUGUGGGACGCGCUCGCCGACGAGUACGGCGCCGUGUACGCUGCGCCCGACGCGAGAGAGUGGGGCGAACUCGUGAGGGCGCAGCAGAGCGGCGGCAAGCCGUGGGAGGCUGGCGUCGACAUCCUCGCGUGAGCUGGAGGAGGAGGGGCGGGGGUGCGGGUUCCGGGCUCUCUCGGAGGCGCGAGCGAGCGUAGCUCGAGCUGUGAAUUUAUGUCUCUUUGUUGCUC